AUGUGCAUCAUCUGUGAUGACCUGACAUUUGAUAAAAGAUGGAGUGCAGAGCGCCAUAUACUGGAAAGGCACAGUGACUUCGGGUGGAAGUGCCCGGAGUGUAAAAAGCUGUUUCCCAGGAGGACUAUCACUCAUGGUUGCCAGGUGUCGGAGAGAGAAAUGAUAUGUUUCGACAACAAAACAGGUCAACGGGGGAGAGAAGCAGAAGUAGCGUUGGAAAAGUUUAAGAGAGAAGAGUUAGCCACUAAAAUGAAAUUAGUUAAUGAGGAGGGAAAAGAGCUGCAGAUUCCAAUAAGAAGGAACUACGCUGCUUCUGAAAGAAGCUUUGCCCCUUCAGAGAGGAGCUAUGCUCCAUCAGAAAAAUGUUCAGUGAGGACAAACGUGUCAAAGAAAGAGGAUGCCCGAGAUGUGUUAGACAAAAAGAGGAAAGGUGAAGACAAAGAGAACAUGCAACCUAAAACAAAGAAAGUAAAGAAAAUUGAGACCAGGGAGGAAAAGUUGGAAAAGAUAAAAUCUGUCCUUAAGGAUCUCUCCAGUGAGAUCGGAGAAGACCUUAGUGUUAGUGUGGAGACUGGAGAUGCAAACACUCCAGAGAUUGAGUUGACCGUCACAGAGAAGGAGGUGAAGACAUUAGAAAAAUCAGAAGGGAAGGCAUCAGUGAAGAACUCUAGUUCUAGUUCAUCAUCAUCCUCAUCUAGUUCCUCAUCCUCAUCCUCAGCGUCACUAGUAAAAUCAAAAACAGAAAGGGAACCAGCAGUUGAAACGACAGAAGAUAGUUCAGUGAGGAGCGUCGUUUUGACUCCAAACACUGAGGCAAUCGACGCCUACCUCCAAGAAUUACAAGAAUGCCAAGAGAACAUGCUCAUUUUAAAUGUAGGAGGCACUAAAUUUGAAACCAGCAAGCCAACUAUGAGAGCUGAUCCAUCAUCAGUAUUCGCUCUUAUGCUUAAUCCCAAUAGUGCUUUUCGCCCUUGCAAAAAUGUCUAUAGUUUUGACAGGGAUCCAGCCCAUUUCAAGAUCAUCCUCAACUAUCUAAGGAACAAUUGUACCGUGGAGAAAAGAUACCUCCCAAGAGAACACCACUAUCUCAAUGAGCUUGCACAAGAAGCUAAGUUUUAUAAACUGUUUGGACUAAAAGCUAUUGUAGAGGAAAGGUUAAAUGACCUUUGUGCUUGUCGGUUUACUACCUGUUAA